GGUACAUCUACCUCAGUCAGCACCAUGGACAGCGACCCCGCCAGCACUCCGCGCCUGUGCAUCCAGCGGGCCCCGGGGGGCAGGGCAUGCUCCUUCUGUAACGACGACCAGCUAAUACUGCAAAUCUCCCAUCAUGUUACUGCGGCACUGACAGCUAAAACAUAGAUAGCAGGUUGCGGGAUUUCCUGUAGAAGCACCCCCGCUUAUUUUUUUUCGUUUCUUAACCCACAUCUCAGCCAGCCGGACGAUAAAGAUGCUCUUAUUUUGGCUUUCACCGAUCAACGCGUCCCCUCCAAAUGCCUCUAAAUGAUAGCAGAAGUGACAAGCCUCUUUUGAGGGACGCUGCGGAGCAAAGGUGGUGAAAUCUCUUCCUCUUCCUCCUCCACGCCCUGUCUUUACUACCAGCUGCCCAGCACCAUGUCUCCUCCAGCAUCGGCUGCGACAGCGAGUGAAAACGGCACCGCUACUGUUUUCGAGGAGGACACCAGAGAGGAGCAAAGACCGCUGAAGCAAUCUCUGAGCAAGUCCUUAUGUCGGGAGCGCUUCUGGAAAUGCCUCCUCCUGUCUGUCCUCAUGUAUGGCUGCAUGGGAGCCAUGGUUUGGUGUCACGUCACCAAGGUGACCCGCCUCACCUUUGACAGUGCCUUCAAAGGGAAAUCCAUGAUGUACCAUGACAGCCCCUGCUCUGAUGGCUACAUCUACAUCCCAUUGGCCCUUCUGGGCAUGCUCUAUUUAGUCUACCUGGUGGAGUGCUGGCACUGUCAUGUGAAGAAUGAGCUGCAACACAAAGGGGACAUGGAGGGCAUCUACGAGCGCAUCCAGAGGAUGCAGCAGGCUAAACCCUGCAUCUGGUGGAAGGCCAUCAGCUACCACUAUGUCCGUCGAACUCGACAGGUCACACGCUACCGCAAUGGAGACGCCUACACUAGCACCCAAGUUUACCAUGAGCGUGUCAACACUCAUGUGGCAGAAGCAGAAUUUGACUACAGCCAUUGUGGCGUCAAAGAUGUUUCCAAACAGCUGCUGGGCUUGGAGAAGUCGGCACUGACAAAGAUGCGCUUCACUAAGUGUUUCAGUUUUGCCAAUGUGGAGUCAGAGAAUUCUUACCUUACGCAAAGAGCAAGGUUUUUCACAGACAAUGAAGGCCUGGAUGACUACAUGGAAGCCAGGGAGGGGAUGCAUCUGAAGAACAUUGACCUAAAGGAGUAUGUUUUGGUGCUCUGUGACCCGGAGCACCACCCCUGGUAUCUGUCCCACUAUGUCUUCUGGUUUGCCUCCUUCCUCACAUUCUCCUGGCCUCUCAGAGUCUUCACGGAGUAUCGCACUGCAUAUGUCCACUACCGUGUUGAGAAGCUCUUUGGGAACGAUUACGUGCCUGUGACCCCUUGUGACGAUAGACCAUACUGGCGCCGAAUCCCUCGAGUUAACACCAUUGACAGUACAGAACUAGAGUGGCAUAUUCGCUCCAACCAGCAGCUGGUGCCCAGUUACUCAGAGGCUGGUCUCAUGGACCUGGCCCAGUGCCCUUCUAGCUUUGGCGGGCUUCGUCAGAACUGCGAACGCUGCCACAGAGCCAUCAGCUGCUCCUCGGUGUUCUCUAGGAGCGCUCUCAGCAUCUGCACUGGUGCCAGCUCUCGCAUCCCCUUCAGUGGGAGUCGCUUCUCUUUAGCCCGUCGCUACGGCUCCCAGCGCAGCUGCUUCUGGAGGAGCGGCAGCUUGGACGACCAGGAGAGCCCCAGUGAAAAUACCCGCUGCCUAUCAGAGCGCCUCACCACAGAUGAUGAGGAGCCCCCGGACUACAAGGAUGCACUUUGCUACCCAGUGCUCAUCGUCCACUGCAGUGAGAACUGCCACAACCACAGAUCUUUCCACAGAAAUGGCUCUUGUGUGGAGACCUCUCUAUGAUAUGCAGUCACAGUGGCAUUUCUGUAGCACUUCAAAAGCAGGGUGUCACGGAUACUGUAAAGAAUAAUUUUCUGAAUCCUGAAUGUGUGAAUCACCGAAGCAAUAACAGCGGUUAGUGAGCGGUGAACAAAGUGACAUCGGACAAUAAACAUACAAACACAGACAAAUUAUAUCUGCUUGGCUUCCAAGAAAACCAAGGAGACUCCGACUGUUACAAUGCACACCAUCGCCACAGCUUUUACAGUGCACCUGAAACUGAAACUAAAGCUGCAAUUACCUCAUAAAACUUUCUGAGAGGUCACAGACGGACAGGUUGAAACCUCUCAUGUUCAUUCAGUGAUUCAGUGUGGAGCAGCUUCUACAAAUGUAACUUCUAACUACAGCAAUAACUGAAAACAAACCUCAAGUGGGGGGGGGGGACACCAGUUUGUACUGGUGCAUGUCACAAAGAGACUGGUCAGUACGGAAACCUCUAACUCAAAGAGACAGUUUAACAUUUGGACUUUCUCACUCGCUGUUAAAGCAUUCGGCAAUGUUUUCAUUUCACAUGUGAAGUGCUGUAAUUUCUUUUUUAAUCAUCUAUGUUUUCCCUACAUUACCCAGAAUGCCUUUUAUCAACUUAAGACAACAGGUAUAAGCUUAAUUUUAGCAGACAGUGACCCAAUGAUGUUAAACAGGGGAGAGGCAUUUGUUCAGAUUGAGAGAAGUUCAGACUUCAUCCUCAUAGCUGGUCCUGUGGGUUUGUUGCAUCCUGGUGCAUCUCUGCUUCUUCUUCUUCUUCAGUGGAUUUCUCAGUGUUUGACUGUUGACUGUUAGUGCUACGUGGCAGCUCCAGAGAAAAGCACCUGUUGUGAAUGUUGAGUGACUCACACAUAAACAUGAUGUUUACUGUUGGUGCUUUCCUUCUACCUUCAGAAUUAACAGUUUGAGCAUCUUUAAGGAAAUAAGAGAGAUGAAACAGAAUCAGAAUUUUUUUUGACUUUAACAUGUGAUUAAUUUGUCUUGACUGACCCAGAAAGUGAAAAAUUGUGGGCGCACUAGCACUGUCCACUCCUAUGAGCCUUUACUUUGCCAGACUAAAACACAUGAAAACCGAAUCAAGCAUUAAGCGUAAAAUGGGACUUUUCCGCUGCCAACUGCCAUGAUGAAACCUGCCGGCAACUGUGGUACAAACACACCUCAUUGCGCCAGUCACAUGGACAUAAAAGACAGAGACUGGUUUAGUACAAUACAUGUGAACAGGUGAGUGUGGAUUUUAGUUGCAAAAAAGAUCAUAUGAUCAUUAAAUCCAUGCCUGGUUUUGCAUGAUUUCCUCCUGCUGAGACACUGAGGUAAAACUAUACAACAUCCAUGAAUGUAAACCACCAGCAUAUAUGAUAUAUUCUAUACCAUUAUGUGUUGAAGUAAAGGAAUAAUGCUCUAUUUUUCAUGUGUAAAAUGGUGAUUUCACUGUCCAGCGUGCACUAACAUGCUGCCAUGUUUCUGAAGGAGACUGUGACUGCUGACAUCUGGAGGAUCUGCGACUCUUUUGAGGUUACAGGCAGUAUAUGCAAGGAUGUAAAUGCCAUUAUGUUUACACAUUAUACAAACUUUAUAAUACAGACUCGUUUUUAUUUUAUAAAACAUGCUGUAUGCAUUCUGGCAUAUAACAUCUUGUUCACUGUGGAGGACCAAAACAGCCAAAAUCAAAAAUAAAUAAAUAAUUUAAAAAAAUAAUCUGAUAUUAAAUGCCUCUCAAAU